AUGCAAGAGCAGCAAUACCAACUUCACCACAUUCCAUUGAUGCAAUCAAGAACAUGUGGAGAGUCCAAGAGAGGAGAAGAUGAUUGGGCACUUGUAACCUUUGUUGGAGAACAAAAUCAAGACCCAAGAAAGUGUAAGAAGGCAAUCGAGCCAUGUGUGAAGAUGGACACCCAAACCCUUGAUCUUCUCAAGAUAAGAGAUGAUGUCACAUGGUACAUAAGGAAGCUAGGCUUGAGCAAGCUCUUCAAGCUAGAGUGUAGUGAGUACUCACAACUCACCAAGGAGUUCCUCUCCACAGUAGCUCUUGCCUUUCCCAACCACAAUGGAGACCAACCAGCUGGUGAUGGACUCCUACUCUUCAAGAUAGGCGAUGCCAAUGGGCGCAUCUCCAUCUCAGCUCUAUGCCAACUCUUUGGACUUCCCAAUGAGACAGCACAUGACUUCAAGGAGAACUCAAAGAGGAAACAAGCUGCCUUUGCUGAUUGGACACACUUUGCCAAUGAACCAUUCUUGCCUUCAAGGUCAAAGGUGUCUAGAAUCACUCAUCCAGCCAUUCGCUAUGUGCACCGCCUCAUCUCCACCACUUUCCAAUGCAAACAAGAAGCCAACAAGGUCACAACUGAUGAGUUCUACAUCCUCACCACACCAUUCAUCAAGCAUGAGUACAAGGCCAACCUUGGACUUUUACUUGCCAAGACAUUCAUCAAUGUGAGGAAGCUAGCUAAAGACUUGGAAGGCAACAAGAAGCUUUGUGUUCGUUUUGGGAGGCUUAUCACGGCCAUAGUACAACAUGUGGGGAUUGACAUUCCCAACUAUGAGCCACUACCCAAGCCAACCCCUUUGGAUCUCCAUGCUCUUCAGCACAUCCACUUCCUAAACCGUUGGACUAAAGACCCAACUCGGUUUUGCUAUGAGUUUCCAAUUGGUCCAGCCAACACUUCCCUUGUCUUGCUGCCACAUGAGGACAUCCCAAGCCUACGCUCAGGAGUUGUCACUUUCCAGCCCAAUGAGGAAGAGUUCUAUGUUCCAUCAAGUGAGAAACCAUCAUUCCCCAUGCUCACCUAUCGCACACUUCAGCAUGCAGUCAAGACUCAACGCCGCUCCAAGAACGCCAUGUUCUCACUACUGGCAUGGCCGCACAUCAAGCUCUAG